CUGGCCGCUUCCAGGGGAGGCGCCACCUCGUCGCGCCCGUCCCGGACGGUGCAGUGCGAGCGGCGCAGGAGGCGGAGCGGAGGCGGCGGGGCCGGCGCUGAGCCAGUACAGGCUACGCCAUCAUCUCUGAAGAUGUUAGAUGUGGGGAAGUGGCCAAUUUUCUCCCUUUGUUCUGAGGAAGAGCUGCAGCUAAUUCGCCAGGCCUGUGUCUUUGGAAGUGCUGGCAAUGAAGUUUUAUAUACUACAGUGAAUGAUGAGGUUUUUGUGCUUGGCACAAACUGCUGUGGCUGUUUGGGAUUAGGUGACGUCCAGAGCACCAUUGAACCUCGGAGACUGGAUUCUUUAAGUGGCAAAAAAAUAGCCUGCCUCAGCUACGGGAGUGGCCCCCAUAUUGUUCUUGCGACAACAGAAGGAGAAGUCUUUACCUGGGGUCAUAAUGCUUAUAGCCAGCUGGGCAAUGGGACAACUAAUCAUGGUUUGGUGCCCUGUCAUAUCUCUACUAAUUUGUCCAACAAACAAGUGAUUGAAGUUGCCUGUGGGUCUUACCAUUCUUUGGUGCUAACAUCUGAUGGAGAAGUAUUUGCCUGGGGUUAUAAUAACUCUGGGCAGGUAGGAUCUGGAUCAACAGCUAAUCAGCCGAUCCCUCGAAGAGUCACGAGCUGCCUACAGAGUAAAGCAGUUGUGAACAUAGCGUGUGGACAGAUGUGCUCCAUGGCGGUGGUGGACAACGGGGAGGUUUAUGUCUGGGGUUACAAUGGAAAUGGGCAGCUCGGACUUGGCAGCGGUGGCAACCAGUCAACCCCGUGUAGACUGGCUUUGCAAGGUGUUCGUGUCCAGCGGGUUGCCUGUGGCUACGCACACACAUUAGUAUUAACAGAUGAAGGCCAAGUAUAUGCUUGGGGUGCAAAUUCUUAUGGCCAGUUGGGCACUGGCAAUAAAAGUAACCAGUCCUAUCCUACUCCUGUUGUUGUGGAAAAGGACAGAAUUAUAGAAAUCGCAGCCUGCCACUCUGCCCACACAUCUGCCGCCAAGACCCAGGGCGGGCACGUGUACAUGUGGGGCCAGUGCCGGGGCCAGUCCGUGGUCCAGCCUCACCUCACCCACCUCUCCUGCACGGACGACGUGUUUGCCUGCUUCGCCACUCCCGCCGUCUCCUGGCGCCUCCUCUCUGUGGAGCCUGACGACCACCUCACAGUAGCUGAGUCUCUGAAGAGGGAGUUUGACAACCCCAGCACCGCAGACCUGAGAUUUCUGGUGGAUGGAAAGUACAUUUAUGCACAUAAAGUCCUUCUCAAAAUUAGGUGUGAGCAUUUUCGUUCUUCGUUGGACGACCGUGAGGAUGAUAUUGUAGAAAUGAGUGAAUUUUCAUAUCCUGUUUACCGAGCCUUCCUGGAAUACCUGUACACAGACAGCAUCAGCCUUCCCCCUGAGGAGGCCGUAGGAUUGCUAGAUUUGGCUACAUUUUAUAGAGAAAAUCGUUUGAAAAAGCUCUGCCAGCAAACUAUCAAGCAAGGCAUCUGUGAGGAGAAUGCCAUUGCCCUGCUCUCUGCUGCUGUGAAGUAUGAUGCUCAGGAUUUGGAAGAAUUCUGCUUCAGGUUUUGUGUAAACCAUUUGACUGUAGUAACACAAACCUCAGGCUUUGCAGAAAUGGACCAUGAUCUCCUGAAGAACUUUAUCAGCAAAGCAAGCAGAGUUGGAGCCUUUAAAAAUUGAUCCUCACCUGCAGGAAAACAUUUUUAGCAUUCCUGUCUUCCCUUCAAAAGCCAGAGAAUAACUUCUCUUUAAUAGUAUUAAUGAUGAGCUACAUUUGGCUGAAUACUUACAUUCUGUCAAAAGAGGGAUGGUGGUCAGUCUUCCCCACCUGCUGAAAUCCAGAGUUGAUAAAAAAGGAAUUAAACUCUCUGAUCAGAUGUGACUAAGCUCCAGGGAAAACAAUUAAAAUGUCUUAUUAUAUUUACCAUUUCCUCUUUUGAGUCACUUAAGUUGGACACUUUUGGCAUAUUGGUCUAAGUAUAUGCUAGUCUGGCCGAAUGUUCUGUUAUUCAACAGGCUGAUAUUGCAUAGAUAGCAUGACAAGGAAUGCUGUCACCUCCACAUUUUCAGCAUCCAGUACCUUGCAUAUAGUAGGCACACAAUUAAUUUAUUAUAAAUGUUAAGUAUGCCCUGAGAAUAGCUUUUUUUUGUGGGAUAAUGGAUGGAGGAGUAAGUUGUACAAAAACAAAUUUAAAACAGCAUGCAUCUGUUAAGGUUCAUACUCUUCUGGUGCAUCGUUCUGAGAAAUAGUGGCUAAUUUAGAGCAUUAAUUAGAAUUCACAAAAGGCCUUGGCAAAUAAAUUGUCAAAGGCCUAAGGGCUAACUUUAAUUUUCUAUUUACUCUGAGUCAUUGAUUUCGCUUAUGGGAUUAUUGAAUAUGAAGUACUAUCUUUGAAUGAAUGUUAUUUCUGGGCUCACCUGCCUUACAUAAUUGCAAAAUGUCCUUUGCUUUUGUGUUGAGAGAUUUGCCUCUGUAUAUAAAAAUGUUUGUGUUUUUCUUGUAAUUGUCUUUUAUGUCACUUUAAAUCAGGUCUCUUAACCUGGCACAGUGUAAUUAUAAAAUACCAGCUGAAAAGGCACUAAAACUUACAUUUCAUAUACAGCAUUAGGAAGAAUGAGAUAAAUUUAUACUUUUAGAUCAAAACAAGUUACCCAACUGCAAAAUAAAAACUGGAAUGAGAUAUAGGAUAGUAUCAGAUCCUCCUAAUAUGUUUCACAAUAUGAUAUUAUGUAAAGAAAACUCUUGGAACUAGAAACCUGAACUAUUUGAUAAUAAAGUGCUUAUUUGAGUAUAAUAGAACAGAUGUGUUUUUUAAAUUUAUUAAAAAUUUUUUUCAAAUA